AUGUGGUUGGCCAACCUAAACAGGCUACCUACGAAAGUCAGACUUCUAGCAUGGGGAUUAAAUGUCCAGCCAGCUUGUAGCCUCUGUACCUCACAUGACGAAUCUCGGGACCACUUAUUCCUCACCUGUAGCUAUGCAAACUCUCUUUGGCAGAUGGUUUUCUCGCGUCUUGAUCCUCAAUGUCGUCUCUUCGUCACAUGGAACGAACUUCUAUCUUGGACCAGAGUGUCAACUUCUUCAGCGCCAUCUACACUUAGAAAGGUAGCUACUCACUCACUCAUCUACAACGUUUGGAGACAGCGCAACGAGGCGGUCCACCGAGGCGGCUUUGCAACAUUGCAGGCAACUUUCAAGACUAUUGACAGGGACAUCCGCAACACCAUCACUGCCCGAAAAGAUAGAAGGAAAUUCAGCUCCCUCAUGAUUUUGUGGAUCCGGUGA